AUGCCCAGACCCCCAUGGCAGCAGUGGCACCCCACCUAUGUCGACCUAGACGUGGCUCACAGCAGUGUGACUGUACCGGGGGCUGUGGCCGCCACGCCAGUGGAAGCACCACUGGAAGCCAAUGCCAGAGCUGUGGAGGAAGCACCCUUGGUGCUCUUUUACGGCCACACCAACCCCAGUGCCAACCUUGACCUAUAUCGUGCUUUAGUGACAGCACUGGCAGAUGCAACAGACAGGCGACUGGGCAUCACUCCCUUAGGCGAGAGAGGAGGAGGGGGAGGGGAGGAAGGGGGAGGGGAUGGGGAGAAAGGAGGAGCAGGAGCAGGGAGGGAGGGAGGAGGGGCGGCAGCGAUAGGAGCGGUUCCAGUGGAGGCAGCAGCAGCGGGGAUCAUUGCUAACAGCAUGGGAUGGGUUGAUGGGGCCGGUUACCAGCUACUGCUUCACUCCAUUGAUGCCCUACGGGCGAACGUGGUGCUUGUGCUGGGGCAGGAACGUCUCUACAGCAUGCUCUCGGAGCACUAUAGAAGCAAAGCAGCAGCAGCUGCUACUGACGGUACCGCUGCCAGCAGCAGCAGCCAUGCAGCAGCAGUGGAGGUGGUGAAGCUUGUGCGAUCCGGAGGUGCCGUGUCCCGUGCUUCCAAGUUCAGGCAGCGACUGCGACAAGCAGUCAUCAAGGCGUAUUUCUACGGGCCCGAGCGGCAAUUCUCGCCUCAUUCGAGCACGGCCAGCUGGUCAGAUUACACGGUGCUGAGAGUAGGGGGAGGGCCACAGGCACCACAGUCGGCACUACCCAUUGGAGCAGCGAGGGUUUCAGACCCGCUUCGCACUGCCCCGGUGGUUCUGUCACGGGAGCUGGAGCAUCACGUGCUGGCAGUUUCACAUGCCAAGGAGGAGAAGGACGCCGUUACUGGGAGCAUUGCUGGAUUCAUAUGCAUAACACAAGUGGAUAUUGCUAAGGGCAAGUUCAUGUUCAUAGCACCUAGUCCAGGGCCACUACCAGGGAAGAUUCUCCUAUUUGGAUCCCUGACCUGGGUGGAGUAG